AUGGCUGAAAUCCAACUACUUCAACGACCUCCUUCAAAAGAUGAAGCCGAGGGCAAAACGAUUGCUCUUCUAAAUGCAAGAAUUCCUACCUGGAAUGUGCUACUUGGUUCGGGAGAAUUUGACGAGUGGACACGGCAGAGUUCGCAAGAAGCCAGCGAAUUGGACACUCAGCUCCGAGACUCUACUCAAAAUUUGAACGAGGAGAGGGCAAGAGCCAUUGAAACAAUCCAAACAACGAUUUCAUCUGCACAAGAUGCCGCGCUGUCCCGACAUAUCUUAGCAGACGAUUUACAGGCCUUGUCUUCCGAGCUUGUCUCCUCAAACGAACACGGAAUUAGUCAACCGACUCUCCUCGAGGAUCUAGAAGCAUUGCACCGUAAAUUAAAGGAACUAAGAAGCGUUCAUCAGUACACGAGUGUUAUACAGAAGGCACUCUCACUCAGCGCUGCAGCCAUCGAAGAGUUCCAGUCUGCUGCACCUGGAGACCCUAUCUCGUCGAGUUCUUUGACCAAGUACACGGAGCUUCAAAAGUUUGUUCAAUCUGUGGCAUCUCUAUGUGGUGAAAACGACGCAUCGUCUGAAGGCUCUGUGGGCCUGCUUUCGUUCCUAGAGUCCAUCAGGGAUCGUACGUGGACAGACAUCAAGUCUAUUCUUCUGGAAAAACUGGUUGCUGCGGCCGAAAAGCUGAAAUGGCCAAAUAAGAUCGAAUGGAGCAGUUUACCCACAGAAGGCCGACAUUAUUUUGUGGACGCUUUCACGCGACUCUUAAAACUCCAAGAGAUAGCCGAGACGCUGCAUCCAGCAUUUGUGGAAACAGAAGAAUCCAAAGGGAAAAACGGAAUCUACGCUCUUCAAGCCCUUGUUCAACCCAUCGCCGCUCGAUUCAAAUACCACUUCGAAGGCCCGCGAGAAACCAAUCGUUUGGACAAGCCUGAAUGGUACUUCACCAAUAUCAUCAACGUGAUCCACCAGCACAGGGAAUUCAUGAACAAUAAUAUCCAACGGCUAUUAAAUGCCAGCCACUACAAGCAAAUCAAUGCGCACAGGGAGUUUACCCGCCUCUUAUUCCCAAUGCUGGGACGAAAGAUAAGGAAGUCAAUGCCAGAAUUGCUGCAAGAUACUGCAUUGUUGGCCCAGACUAUCUAUCAAUCUGUCGCGUUUGACACACAAGUCAGAGACGAUGGGUUCGCUCUUACGGGGACAUAUCUUGCUUUGAAUAAGGCAGCGGGACAGGUCGAAGAAUGGGAAGGUGUUAGUGAAGUCAUUUUGGGAAGAAAGGAGUGGUUUGACUCGUGGCUGGAAGCCGAACGGCGAUUUGCCGAGGCACAAUAUGAUGAACUCGUCCAUUCUCCCAACGCCUGGCAGUUGGUCGAUGAUGGGGCGCUUACAGACGAAGAUUCCGAGACUACAAUUGACCUUCGACCGACCAACUCUGCGCGACGCAUCAAAGCACUCUUUGAACAGAUUUCGGAUCGCUACAAGCCAUUGCCGCGGUUCAAUCAUCGGGCACGCUUCCUUAUUGCGAUCCAGAUACCUAUUUUAGAGCAUUAUCAUACGCGGAUUUCUGGAUCUUUGGACGCUUUCGAGACAUUAUCGUCUACUCUUCUGCGAGCUGUUCCUGGAGCCCUUGCUGGACAGGUUGGACACCAAUACGAUACCAGGCGACUUACAAGCGGAGUAGAUGGUCUCCAGCGAUUGAUCAAGGCCUUUGUUAGUGCGCGGUGGAUCACUAUUGCUAUGCAGGGUUGGGGGGAAAAGCUAUUCUACCUUGAGCUCUGGAAAGAGAUCAACGAACGAGCAAGCUUACGAGCAAAAGCCGCCGAACACAACUCUCUGCCUACACCGAUCCCAGAAAACGUGGAAGAAGGUGCCCUGUUCGACGAACUCAUUGCACAAUAUGACACCCUCACCGCACGAAGCGAGGACUUGAUUGUCCACCAUGUCAUAUCGGAGGUCCAGGACGCCCUCCGCGUUCAUAUAGCCAGCUCGUGGACAAGUGAAACUGGUGAUGAAGCCGUCCUGCCUUCAACAUUGCUGUCCCCUGUUACUGCCCUUCAACAGCAGUUGGCAUUUUUGGCGACCACACUCCCUGCAUCUUCCGUCACGAUUCUCUACAGAAGAAUUUGCUCGAGCGUGGCUUCCUUCCUGGUAGACCGCAUGAUUUUCCAGCAUUCAAGAGGCAAACUGGAGCCGAAUGAAGCUCCGGUUCUUGCAGCAGAAUACAAACUAUGGAUUGAAUGCUCAAAGCAGGCUGUUGGACGUAUGGUUCGCAAGCUCGAGAUCCCCUGGCAGCGCCUGCGCGAGGCCUCGACGGCCAUGAAUUUGGACCAUGAUGCGUUCCGAAGUCUAACAAACGCUGCAUGGGAAGCAAGUCCGGAGAACUAUGAAAAAGUGGCGGAGGAGUACGGCGUAUCCUCCUUCAGCCAGCGUGACGCACGGUCAUUGCUCCGUCUACGAACCGACUGUACAAGGUAG